GAAAUAAAAGAGCUUUCCUAUUAGAUAAUUUGCAAAGGUCUGAAUAUGAAGAGGUUCUAAUUGAUUACAUUACACACGUGAAAAUGAGGAAGGAAACCCAGCAUAAGAAAGCAGAACAACACUUGCUUCACAUGCUCUUCAUGGACUGUACUGAUGGCUGCCUCAAUCAGAAGACACUGAGCGCAGUGUCCUUCCAAACACAGCUGACCCUGGAAACCAUGAACGCCACAGUGAUAAAGGGCUUCAAUGGGUCUGAGCGGUGCCCCAGGGACACACGGAUAGCACAGCUGGUGUUCCCAGUCAUCUACACCAUCGUUUUCUUCACAGGCAUCCUGCUGAACACCUUGGCCCUGUGGGUGUUCAUUCACAUCCCCAGCUCCUCCACCUUCAUUGUCUACCUCAAAAAUACUUUGGUGGCCGACUUGAUAAUGACGUUCACGCUUCCAUUUAAAAUCCUCUCUGACUCACACCUCGGUCCCUGGCAACUCAGGGCCUUUGUGUGUCGUUUCUCUGCGGUCAUCUUUUACGAGGCCAUGUAUGUGGGCAUCACACUGCUAGGCUUCAUAGCCUUUGAUAGAUUCCUGAAGAUCAUCAGGCCCUUUGGAAAAUAUUUUGUACAAAAACCUGCUUUUGCGAAAAUGAUCUCGACCUUCGUCUGGCUCUUUUUGUUCCUCAUCUCUCUGCCGAAUAUAAUCUUGAGCAAUAAGGAAGCAACACCAUCAUCUGUGAAAAAGUGUGCCUCCUUAAAGGAUCCGCUGGGGUUGAAAUGGCAUCAAGUGGUGAACUACAUAUCCCAGUUCAUUUUCUGGACUGUUUUUGUCCUAAUGCUUCUGUUUUAUGUGGUGAUUGCAAAAAAAGUAUACAACUCUUACAGAAAGGCCAGAAGUAAGGACAGCAAACACAACACAAAGCUGGAAGGUAAAGUGUUUGUCGUUGUGGCUGUAUUCUUUGUGUGUUUUGCUCCAUUUCAUUUUGCCAGAGUUCCCUACACUCACAGUCAAACUAACAGUAAGACUGACUGCAGGCUGCAAAAUCAACUGUUUAUAGCUAAAGAAACAACCCUCUUUUUGGCAGCAACUAACAUUUGCAUGGAUCCCAUAAUAUACAUAUUCUUAUGUAAAAAAUUCACAGAAAGGCUACCAUGUAUGAGAGGGAGGAAGAUCAUGUCAUCAACCCAAGAAAAUCGUACUAUCCAGACAGACAAUAUAACCCUAGGCUGAUAACUUUAUUCUGGUUACCUAAUAUUUAAUAGGUAAAAUUUCAAAAGUCAAUUUGCAAAUUAAGUUUAAGCAAGGAAAAAAGGAUGGAGCAAAUGCUUUUUAUUAUCCUGGUGUACAGAAAGGAUUCUAUAAAUUUUAAGUGCACAUAGAUCAAUUCAUAAGCAGAGUGAAGUAUCUGUGAGAGCAAUGCAACAGAAAGCAAGUGGCCACUAGAGGUCACCUUUUUGCAAACACUCACUGAGAUUUUGGAGAAGAUAUGGAUAAACUUGUAUUAGUAAACACCUCCUUCCAGAACACCUUCUCACAUUCUCUGACACACACAAUUCAAACAACACUACUGCUUCUGUAUCCCACAAGUGUUGAUACUUCCUGGUUUAAAAACAAACCAAAAAACUUGAAAGUUCUUUGAUGAAAGCUGAAGCCAUUGGGUACGAAACAUCAGGGGAAUUGAAGUAGGUCA